UUGCCUUUUAGCCCACCAAACAAAGCCUACGGUCUAGUCUGGGAUGCUAACUCUCGUCGUGGAGUGGCCGAAGGGGAGGACCUUGACUCCGAACAUUACAACACCAGUCUGUCGGCUUUUAUUUUACUAGUUGAAAACGACCGUUCACUUCUUGACCGUCUCAAACUCAGUAGCAAUUCGCACGAGGCCCGUUUUGCCUGCAUCGCAAUCUGCAAAGGUGCUACCAAUGACUUGCUCAGCGAAGGCAACAUAAUUGCGCCCUACAGUCAACCCUUCAACGACCUUGUGCAUCGCCUGCGUGUUCAGUCGAAACAGACGCUGGAUUCGUUUGUGCAACAACUCUCACCCACUGCCGGUGGUAAUCUUGUCCCUCCGGACGCUACUGUCCAUGAGUUGGCCUCCAACGUGAGCUGA